UCAAAACAGUAAGGAAAUGAGGAGACCUGGAGAUGCAUUGGGAAGGAGAGGGGGUCAUCGGCAGCUGAAGCAACUUGGUGGUGGAAUGAAGGGAUUCCUAGGGCGUUUAUCGGUUGCAGUUCUUGUUCUAUUGAUCUGCACUAUAUCUCUUUUCUCAUCGAUGAAGGGAAAAGAUCCAACGACGGAGGUGAACAUAGAUGAUCUUUGGGCACCUGUUGCUUCGGGUGGUUGGAGGCCAUCCUCUGCUCCACGGUCUGACUGGGCCCCUCCUCCAAAUGAGAGCAAUGGUUACUUGACUGUUCGUUGCAAUGGUGGUCUGAAUCAACAGCGCAGUGCAAUUUGUAAUGCUGUUCUUGCUGCACGAAUCAUGAAUGCUACACUAGUGCUGCCUGAGUUGGAUGCGAACUCCUUUUGGCAUGAUGAUAGUGGUUUCCGUGGUGUCUAUGAUGUUGAGCAUUUCAUCGAUACACUUAGAUUUGAUGUACGGAUUGUGGAAAGUCUUCCUGAAAUUCGUAAAAAUGGGAAGACUAAGAAGAUGAAAGCUUAUCAGAUUCGUCCCCCAAGAGACGCGCCCAUUACUUGGUAUACAACAGUUGCUAUGGAGAAGAUGAAGGAGCAUGGUGCCAUUUAUCUCACUCCCUUUUCACAUCGUUUGGCUGAAGAGAUUGACAACCCAGAAUACCAGCGGUUGAGGUGUAGGGUGAAUUACCAUGCGCUCAGGUUUAAGCGAAAUAUUAUGAAAUUAAGCAGUGCAAUAGUCAAUAAACUUCGGGCACAGGGACAUUUCAUGGCAAUUCAUCUUCGGUUUGAGAUGGAUAUGCUUGCAUUUGCUGGGUGCUUUGAUAUUUUUACACCUGAACAGCAGAAAAUAUUGAGGAAGUACCGGAAGGAAAAUUUUGCGGAGAAAAGACUUGUUUACAAUGAAAGAAGAGCUAUUGGAAAAUGCCCAUUAACUCCAGAAGAGGUUGGUCUCAUCUUGCGUGCUAUGGGAUUUAACAAUUCCACCCGCAUAUACCUUGCAGCAGGUGAGCUCUUUGGCGGACAACAGUUCAUGAAGCCUUUCAGGGCUCUAUUUCCUCGCCUUGAGAACCACAGCACAGUAAGUCCUGCAGAGGAGCUGGCAGAGAAUACUCGGGGUCUGCUGGGCUCCGCUGUGGAUUACAUGGUUUGUCUUCUCUCUGACAUUUUCAUGCCAACAUAUGAUGGCCCGAGCAACUUUGCCAAUAACCUCAUGGGCCACCGUCUCUACUAUGGCUUCCGGACUACUAUCCAACCUGACAGGAAAGCUCUUGCUCCAAUCUUUAUGGAUAGAGAAAAUGGCCGCACAGCUGGUUUUGAAGAAGCUGUUCAGCGUGUGAUGUUCAAAUCAAAAUUUGGUGGGCCCCACAAGCAUGUUCGACCUGAGUCUUUCUACACGAAUUCAUGGCCUGAGUGUUUCUGCCAAACAUCACCACACAACCCUGCUGAUAAGUGUCCACCUGAUAAUGUCUUGCAAGUUCUUGAGAACCGGUUGCAAAGUGAAGGGACUGAUUUUGCUGAACACUCGAAUAUAACAGAUUCUAUGGCUGUGAAAUAAGUUGGGAUUUCAUAGUUAUUCAUUAUUCUUUACCAUAGGGAGGCAAUCUUAAACUUCAGAAUUGUUAAUGGCAGGUUGCUCCCAUCAGUUUCAACCUCUCAGAGAUCUUUAUACCUGUGGACUAUAUCAUGCUGAGAGUAUUAGGUGAAAUAGGAUUUUGGAAUCUUGAAGGAGCUGAUGCAGGAAUUGCUUGUAUUCUGUACUAUAGAGAAAGGCUGACAUUGUACCUCGUUCUUUAUAACCAAUAGGAGGGAAGAAAAACUUCAUACG